CAAGUUGAGAGUUCAUCAGUACACAGCUUCUUGUGAUUCAAGCAGCAUCAACAAUACACCAAGCCAUCCAAUAUGAAAGUUCUGAUCGUAGCUGUUGCCUUUUUGGCCUGCGCCUUUGCGGAUGUUUCGGAAUUGGCCGAUCAGGGCUAUGAUUAUCCACAGCCUGCAGCGCCAGCACCUGCUCCUGCCUACAUUCCUCCUCCAGCAGCACCCAAGAACUCCUAUAUUCCCCCACCCCCUCCACCACCACCACCAGCACCCAAGAACACCUACAUUCCUCCUCCUCCUGCUCCGGCCAAGGCAUACAUUCCUCCACCAGCUGCUCCAGCCAAGGCCUACAUCCCACCCCCACCACCAGCACCCAAGAACACCUACAUUCCUCCUCCCGCAGCUCCCUCCAACUCCUACAUUCCCCCCGCAGCCCCCGUCCAGGCCGAGCAGCCCGUCUUCGAGGAGGUCGAGCAGCCCGCUCAGGAUGGUUACCGCUACAAGACUGUGCGUCGUCGUGUCCUCCGUCAUCGCAACUAAAUGACGAAGUCCUCGAAUUUUGUUGACUAAUGUUAUAGACCAUCGAAAAAAUUCGAAAGAGAAACUGUUUUGUUAAAGAAUCCUUAAGACAUCAUUAAAAUAUUAAAUAUUAAAAAGAAAACUUAAAUGCUAUCAUUUAAUUGAAACUAAAAGAAUUCAAAACUAA